ACGCGAUGGGCACGGACUGCAGGCUGCAGGAGAAGCGGGGGCCGUCUGGACCCUUCCGCAAGGUCUCCAAGCCGCUUAUGGAGAAGAAGAGGCGAGCGCGCAUCAAUGUGUCUCUGGAUCAGCUCAAAGCGCUGUUAGAAAAGCACUAUUCCCACCAGAUCAGGAAGCGCAAACUGGAGAAGGCGGAUAUCCUGGAGCUGAGCGUGAAGUACAUGCGGAGCCUCCAGCACUCUGUCCAAGGGCUGCCGUCGACCAAGAGCGCGGACUACCAGGCCGGCUUCCGGAGCUGCCUGCAGGGCGUGCGCCAGUUCCUGGUGCGCUCCGAAGCUGCCGGCACCGCCUCCUCCUUCCUGCUCCUCCACGACUUCGCCCGGGGCGCUUUCAGCACCACGGACAGCGGCUCGGCGACUGCUGCGCUCCCGGAGGCGCUCCUGGCCCCCCAGUGGCCCAAUCCUGCCAAGCAGGUCCGGCCAGCCAAGCCGCCCAGAGUCCGAGGAAGCGACGCGUCCGUCCCGUCAGAAUUCAGCCAGCCCAGGAGCCAGCCCAGGAGCCCUGCUGCCACCGGCCAGCGGGGCCCAAGCCAGCAGGUCCCUCUGUGGCGACCUUGGUAAUAGGUGCGCCCCCUCAAUGGACUCUGCUGAGCCUCAGUGCGGCGGGUUCCGAGCCUCUGCUGCCUUUCCGGCUCCUCUAAAACCCCUAAAGAAUCCACCGGCUUCUGAGUUGACAAUGGACUCUUUGUCUUCAUGGCCACCCAUCUCCAUGCUAAGGGUGGGCUGCACUAUCUCCAAGCGGGUAGUCCGAGAGUCCCCAACCUUUUGGAACUUGUGGGCCCGUUUGGAAUUCUGGCAGGGCAAGGGGGGCGGCAGCAACCAAAUGGCUGCCACAAAAUUGUCACCCCAGUAGGUGGGAUGAGCCAGGAAGUGAUUGCCACAGCUUAACUUCAGUAACAGGGUUCUUCCUGCUGGGGUGCCAUCUGCUACCAAUGGCAUCUCCGAUAGCCUAUCAGAGGCCUUGCUGGGCAAAAGCCCUACCUGGUUCCGCCCACUUCCUACAAACAUUUGGCAGGCCACAUAAAAAGGUGUUGGUGGGUGCCUUUGCACCCAAUAGCAUUUGGGAUCCCAAGGGUAGACCCUCCCAAACGAUUUUUGUAUGGGGGGGGGGGGAGGAUGGUGAUGUAAUGAGUGGAUGGGAUUUACUGAGACUGGCUAUUCUGGCCUUGAGUCUCUUUGCCACCUUGCUAAAGAAAUGCUAAUUCCUUCUUUGGAGGUUUUUAAACAGAGGCUGGAUGCCCAUCUGACAGGAGUGCUUUGACUGUGUGUUCCUGCAUGGCAGGAGGUUGAACUUGAUG